UCCUCUUCGCAACAGCUGGCGCGCCGUAGCUACCAGGCACCUUUCGACGUCCCUGUGAUAGAAUCGCCCUUCCCUGCCGACGUCAACCUAUCUGACCUCAUGUCGAAUGGGGGCAAGCUCCUCAUCCAACUUGUUGACGCUACCGACGCCGAGAUCACAGACGUCGCUGGACGUCUGGCCAAGGUCGGUGUCGAUGCCGAGUUCGUCUUGUGCGAUGAUGAUACCUUCUUCCUCGUCGCAAAGCUCACAACCUACGACCCCACGCAACCCCAGUACGUGGGGACCUUGCCCGAGGACAUGACGACUGUGAGGCUGCACGGCUCCCAGGCGUUCGGCGGCGGCGGAGUUUUCCUUAGCCGUCCGUUAGCGAAGAUCAUUGCCGGAGACAUCCUUCUACGCAACUGCAUCUACGACAACAACGACGUGCGCAUGACUUGGAUGCGGGAUCUGUGGCAACUCGAUCUGUCGGGGGGAGACGCGUCAGGGUUCUGCGAGAGCGGCAUCAAGCCGUUCAGCAUUCACCACUUCAAGGCGGGUUGGAAAUGGCACACGACGUACCUACUCAACACCACCCAGAUCGCGUACACUUGCGGCGAGGACUGUCCCUACCAGCGCAUCGCUCAAUACCCUGAUGGCAUUGACUUCCGUCUCGACCAGGUGGAGCGGACGUUCCGCUCGCGACCCUUGGAGACGAUGCCGCCCACCGGGUAUUUUUGCGAUUGA